AGCGGUUCUGGGCCGCCACCGGCAGCCGCUGCGGGAGGCAGGCAGGGAGGAAGAUGCGUUGAGUCGGUCGCUGGAAAGGUACUGCUAUGUGGAUAUUUGUUAGCAAUGACUGAUGUGGAAUCUACAUAUGCAGACUUUAUUGCUUCAGGAAGAACAGGUAGAAGAAAUGCAUUACAUGACAUACUUGUGUCCUCUCCAGGUGGGAACUCUAGUGAAUUAGCCUUAAAGUUAUCAGAGCUUGACAUAAACAAAUCAGAAGGAGAAGGAGAUGCACAACGAAAUCCAAGUGAGCAAACCGGAGAGGCCCAAGGGGAGGCAGCAAAGCAAGAAAGCUGACAUUCGACUUUGACCGACUGGAACAGCUGCUGGAUGAUUUUUAGUCUACAAGAGCAUGCUGGAACAAAUUUGUUUCCAUGAGCAAGCUGGUGGAAAAGAAAGUGCAUGUGUCUUCACUGCUGGAACCCACUCAACACAAUAAAAAUGGGGGUGCAAGCUGUGGCAGAAGACAGAAUAUUCUCUACCUCUGUCAUUAGCAAUGGUUGAACAUGUAUUGAUUUUUUGGGAUAGUGUCAUCAGAUGGAUCCCUUCAUAAAUGACUACUUGUUGGGAACACUUUUAGAAAGUAGAACAGGUAAAUCUUGUAGCAAUUGGCCUUUGAAAAGUUAGAGGAUCCCAUUGUAUAUCUUAAGCAAAGGCUUGUGUGAUCCUCAGUGUUUAAAAUUCUCUGGCCAAAGUGUUCACCCGUUAAAAGAACUGUAAAGAAAGCACUGUUUUUAGAACCUUGCGUCUGUUUUACAGCUGUUAUUUACAAUGUUUUUUGUAUUGUACAACUUAAAUGCUCCACACUGCCCCUUCUCAACUGCUUAUGAAGAAUAUUUCUGUUACUGUGAAUUUUUCUACCACGCGUUUUGAAAGGGCUGGGUUUUUGCAUAAUGUGGUGAUGUGCACAUGAUAGAUUUAAAACGUCAACUGCUAAAUUGAUUAUGCCUAAACCUAAAUUACUCAGCAACACUCUAAUUUGUUACUAGAUGAGCCUUCAAAACGAUUUGUUAAUGUGAAUACUUCAGUGUGUUUGGUGUUGUUGGUACAGUUUUGCCACUUGCUUGUAGUUAGUUGCAUAUCAGAGACUCAAGCUGAACCUUUAUGUUAUUCUUCCCCAUUUUUCUAAUUUUACUCUCAAUUUCUUAAUCCUUCUCGGAGAUACUUUUUUUUAAAAAAUGUUAGUCCAAGUAUUUUAUUGUUAUGGUAGUUUUAAGAAUACAUUUAUAACCUUAUAUAGGUUAAAAGUCAAAAAUUUCAUGGUGCUAGAGAUUUUCCUGGUUCACAUUGUUAAAGAUGGGCCUUGUUUACACACGGGAUAAUAACUGGCAUAGGUUAUUGCCAAUUAUGUAUUCUGGAAUGAGUUUUAGAUUGCAGGGUAGUCCAACUAGUGGAUUGUGGGCUGGAUCCAUCUAGGGAGACUAUUACUUCUUUUCCUUUGCCUAGGUUGAUUGGGCUGUUGUGUUUGCAGAGGCAGUAGCUUGUUACUGAUGUGCCAGGUACAGCCAAGUGCUAGAAGCUAGUACAGCAGCCUGUUGGCUGGGAUGUGGAGAGUGAAGUGAGAGACUUGGCACCUAGCACUCAAAAGACUAGAUUUUUACCAUUUCAACUAUUCCAUAAUGACAGCCCAAACCAGACAUUCAUUGAAAUACCAGGAUACGUUGGCCAUCCAAGGGAUUACUUAAAAUAUCAUCAAAUUAAUGGCCUAUUCUGUAGUAGCUAUGCUGACUGAAUUCCUUCCCCAUCCCACCACAAUAGAGAAGGCUGCACAUGAGGCUUAAUACUGAAAAAUGGGGCAGCCACAACCUCUGUGUGAAUAAGGUGAGUAGAGUGACUGAGUAGUAAACCGUGGCAAUCACAUAAGCACCAAUCACAAUCAGAAGAUUUGUUUUCUUUUAUUAACAGGAGGUGAUAUCACUUUAUAUAUAGUAUAUAUAUUAUAUAUAUUUUUGUGUUGUUGUUGGUUUCAAAUGUUAUGCACUUUUUAAUGUUUGUAAACUUUUACUAAUGAAUAGUGUGAUUGCUUCCUGAAUAUAUUAAUCAUCAGUUAAGAAAACAUCUUUGUGGCCACAGUUGUUUGUUUCUACCAUGUGUAUCAUAGUACUUGUCACCUGAAACUCUUUUGUGAGAUGUGUGAAGGAAAAAAAACACACUUCUGAUCAGUAUUAUGAGCUCAUUUAUUAGUGUUAAUAAAAAACAAGCCAGCAGUAUGCUUGUGGCUCAUUAGUGUAAUAUUAAUUCUCACCUCUUUCUGUUUGGAAGCUGAAUGCCUCGCUGUCUUAUUUGCUGUCAGAUGCCCAAUCUUCUUGGUAACAGUAGUCCAUUUGCUUUUAAAUACUAUUUGAAAAUACAAAUAACCUUUAACUAGUUAUUUAUUCAUUUGUUUCACUUGGUGUUCCUUUCAAAGUUAAUACAUAAUUAUUGAUCUUUUUAAAUUAUUUUUCCCUUGCAUCAAGUCUUCAAGUUGAACUGGUUGCCCCUUUGACAUGUACUAGUUACUGUCAAUCUAGCACAAACAUUGGAAAGAAAUAAGGUUUUUAUAGUGUUAUAGUGUUACUUUAUUGAUGAUCAAUGAAAAAUCAUCAAUAGAAUGUCAUGGAAAAAGGCAAUAGUGGAAUAAGUAACUACAGUACAUUAAAGUGUUUGGCUUUCCUUAUUUUGCAUCAGUGCUUUUCUUUAUUUCAGUACCUCUUCCUUUUUAAUUCUUCUGUGUUGUGAAAUAAAAAUAAUUUCAGCCUUU